UCGGAUGUUGUGACCAACGGGGACGCAGCGGGCGAGAGGCGAUGGCAUCGCGUUACUUUUCCUCCACAGUUCGUGCAGCUGUGAAGUUGCUGUAACCCGAGAAGGUAAGACGCGAGGCGGCUCUGGUGCUCUGUCGGUGUGUGACCCUUAACCCUCGCCGAGAAAGACGAGCGUGUUGCCUGCUUCAUAUCUGGGAGGGACAAGUGUGGCUAGCUGUUUGGCUAACCAACUGACAAGCUAGCUAGCCAGCUGACAACUUACUACGCAACCUAUAACGACAAUGGAGACUCCUCCGGCUAGAAACCGUUAGCCGUUAAGCUCCGACGUCAGUUCCGAGACCGGGGUGGGAGCGUCGCUCGGUGUUUCCAUGGCCGUCAGCUGAUGGGCGAAGCGAUGCGGCACCGCUGGCUGCUCCUCGGGGCUUGCGGCUGGGUGCUGCUCAUCCUGAUGUUUGUCAGCAAGUUCAUCAGCUUCAGAGCCGUAGAUGACUAUGGAGAGAUGGUCGGUGCUCAGAGCUGGACAGUGCCGGGCACCAAGGGGCUGAAAAGCAAUCCUGUUUCCAGCCCAGUGAAACCAACCCCGAAGCCAUCGGAUCAGCCCUCAGUGGUACCUACAGUGACCGAUUGGCAGCCAGUCGUUGAGAGGCGAAUGGAGUUGCUCUCAACUGUGUGCAAGAACAUCAGCCUCGGGAAUCUGACGCACGUCGCCAUCAGCAAGUUUGUCCUGGACCGCAUCUUCGUCUGCGACAAACAAAAGAUCUUGUUCUGCCAGACGCCCAAAGUGGGCAACACUCAGUGGAAGAAGGUCCUCAUUGUGCUCAACGGAGCGUUCCCCACUGUAGAGGAGAUCCCAGAAAACCUUGUUCAUGACCACGAGAAGAACGGCCUGCCCCGUCUCUCAUCACUCACGCCGCAGGAGAUUACUCACAGAUUAAGCACGUACUUUAAAUUUUUCAUCGUGAGAGAUCCCUUUGAGCGCCUCAUUUCUGCCUUCAAGGACAAGUUUGUGAAGAACCCGCGCUUCGAGCCUUGGUACAAGCAUGACAUCGCCCCAGCCAUCAUCCGUAAGUACCGCAAGUUCCACCGCGACAGCGACCUUGCCGCAUCCGGCCUGCACUUUGAGGACUUUGUCCGUUACCUGGGUGACGCGGAAGGCCGCCACCGCAUGGACCGGCAGUUCGGUGAGCACAUCAUCCACUGGGUGACUUAUGCAGAUUUAUGCGCGCCGUGUGAAAUACACUACAGCGUGGUGGGUCACCACGAGACACUGGAGCAAGACGCACCCCACAUCCUCAAAGCAGCAGGCAUCGACCAGAUGGUGUCCUACCCGGCCAUUCCUCCGGGCAUCACCCGCUACAACAGGACCAAGGUGGAGCAAUACUUCUCAGGCAUCAGCAAGCGGGACGUCAGGCGCCUCUACGCACGAUACCAGGGGGACUUUCAGCUGUUUGGGUACCCAAGCCCAGACUUUCUACUGAACUAAAUAAUGAUUAACACUGACUAAAAGACUUGAAAUCCUCCUCGCAACAUCUUUGGUUUACUGAGACAGGGGUGUAUUGUAGCUGACUGUACUGGCAGACCGGAAAGCCAGGUAUGCAGGAGACACGCUGUAGUGUUCUUAUUUGAGAAAUAACAGACAUGUAUUGACUGAAAGGUGCUGCCUAAUGUUCAUAUAUUUAACUUUUUACGGAGGGAGGAGCCGUCACAGACGAGUAGUAUCACGUUGUGACAUAAUCUAUCAUUUUGAGGGGGAGGUGGGGGUCGAUAUGAAAAUGAAAUACAGGUACAGAACCCAUUUGCUACCUUCUAUUUAAUGUUCAUGAAUGACUUGGCCUGGUAUCCUGUAAUGUAGCUACUGCACUGCACCGGUUCAAAGGAAAGCUGGACAAUGCUCUGCGUUUUGACAUCUUCUGUCUUUUUCUGUACCUCUUGCUGUCAUGCUAGACGUAGGCGAAGCUAGUCUGUUCAGGGAUUCAAAAAAAAUUUUGGACAAAGAGAGUGAACGCUGAGAAUAUAUGACACAUUUAUUGAGUAUUUUUCAUUUAUAAGAGCUACAAAUUAGCAUUAACUUUUUAUAUAUUUUUUUUAACCAGUUUUUAUUAAAGGGAUAGUUUGGAUGUUUUGUGUCCAUGGUCAGUAAAACACCCAAACUAUUACUCUUCAAAUAUCAUGAACAUACUUGAA